AUGGGCUCGGGACAUCAAGUCCACGGCAACGCCUCCGAGGCGCUAUGGAACGCCAACACCCAGGAGAAAGCCACGGCUCUGCUUGGGGAACUCAAUGGCCAACCCCUGACCUUACAACAUUUCACUCAGAAUGAAUUCGCGACGACAGAGGCAUCAAAACACGUCGACUCGUUCGAGCCAAAAUCCGGAAAGCUCAUAGCAAAAGUCCCCUGUGCAUCAGCCGAAGAGGUCGACGCCGCGGUGAAAUCCGCCACGGCGGCCUUCCCAGCAUGGAGCAGGACACCCCGGGCCGAGCGAUCAAGGUAUCUGCGGCAGAUCAGCGAGAUCAUCGCCGCCAAUCGCGAGCUAUUCGCGGUCUGGGAGAGCAUUGACCAGGGCAAGACGCUGGAGCGCGCGCGGGUCGAGGUGGACCGCGCCGUGUCCAACUUCGCUUACUUCUCGACCUUUAUCCUGCACGAGUCCACAGCCGCCCGCAUGGUCGACGGCGUGGCGCUGACGUACGAGCACCGCAGCCCCGCGGGCGUGUUCGCGCUCAUCUCGCCGUGGAACAUGCCGCUGUACCUGCUCACCUGGAAGAUCGCGCCGUGCCUGGCCUUCGGCUGCACCGCCGUCGCGAAGCCCAGCGAGGUCACCAGCGUGAGCGCGUUCCUGCUCGCGUCCGUGUUCCGCCGCGCCGGGCUGCCCGCGGGCGUCGUCAACGUCAUCUUCGGCGACGGCGCGACCACGGGCUCGGCGCUGGUGUCGCACCCGGACGUCCACGGCGUGAGCUUCACGGGUGGCACCGCGACGGGCAUCGCGAUCCGGAGGGCGACGGUGCACCAGAUUUACAAGCACGUCAGCCUGGAGCUGGGAGGGAAGAACCCGACGCUCGUGUUUGCGGACUCGCUGGCCGCGAACAGGGAGAAGACGACCCGGACGGCCGCGAUGGCGGCGUUCGAGAAUCAGGGCGAGAUAUGCCUGUGCGGGUCGAGGAUAUACGUCGAGAAGAGCGCGUACGCGGACUUCGUCGCUGCGUUCACGGAGUACGUGGCCAAGACGUACCGCGUGGGCGAGACCGUGGGCGCCGUGGUCAGCUCGCAGCACUACGCCAAGAUCAGGAGCUACCUCGAGGUCGCGAAGAAGCAGGGAAUGACGUUCAACACCGGAGAGGUGCCGCCAGAAAUACGAGCCGGCGAGGAGGGGGGAUACUGGAUCAAGCCGACGAUCCUCACAGACGUCCCCACCGACUCGGAGUUGCUCCGAGACGAAAUAUUCGGGCCGGUCGUCACGGUCGUGCCAUUCGAGGACGAGGAGGAAGCCGUGAGGCUCGCGAACGCGAGCGAGUACGGUCUUGCGGCGGUGCUGCUGACCACGGACGGGGGCCGCAUGAGGAGGGUCGGCGAGCAGCUACAGGCAGGUCUGGUGUGGGUGAACUGUUGGUUGGUCAGGGAGCUUGGCACGCCCUUCGGCGGCAUGAAGAAUUCCGGGACAGGCAGAGAGGGGGGAGAAUAUUCGAGGGACGUGUUCACCGUCGCUAGAACAGUGCACUUAGCCACUGUCUGA